AUGGACCCUGACACCUCACCGCAAUCGGAAACCUCUCCUGACAGCGAACCUAUCCCUCAGACCUCCACAUCGAGGAACAACGGAGUCUCAUCAUCGCACAACUCUUCGGACGAGAGCGACAUUGAAACGGACCUAGCCUCCACUAUAACUCAGCACACUGAGACAACAGAUACUGAUCCGGAUCAGGACAACUCAUUUUUCCAACGGUACUUCAGCAACCACAGCAACAGUUAUCCCUCCAAGCUGACACUUUCUCGAAGACUGUCGCAGUGCAGGGAAGAGGAUGAGGAUGAAGAAAGAAGAGAUUUAGUGCCUUCAGAACUGUCGACGAUUUCGGGUAGCGAGCAAUCGCUUUCCGAAUCGUCAGAUGGCUCCAAAGUUUCUGUGAUAGACACUGUCAGGGGUACCACUCACAAGUUUGUGGUGACGAAAACCAAAACUCUCGACGACGAUUCACCAUCGAAAAAAUCCAAACAAUUGUCGGACGCGGCCAAGAACUUCGCUACCAGAAAGCAAUACCAACCCUCGAAUACUGUGCACGGGAUUCCCUCUCAGGACAGCAGUAGACCGUCAGUCAGCUCUAUAUUCAGGUCACCGUUGCAUAGCCCCCACUAUGAUUCAACAUUUUUUGAUUCAUCUCUUAUUGAGAUCAAGAGUCCUACUUCAAGUACUUCGACCGUGGAUAAGAUAGAAGAUGUUUGGGUCAAGAGGGAUGAUUCAGAAUUGAGACAGGACUCUCCACAGCCCCCUGCGAUCGUCCCCGACCCCGUCUACCUCCCGCGUCCCCGCUCCGGCACCUGGGGCUCCAACCCAGAAACAAUCAGGAACGUCAAACCCUCCGCCAGAGAGAAGCAGCAGCAGCAGGCCAAGUACGCCAAGAAGAAGAAGAAACCGGGAGGUGAGACGGCAACGUCGAGAUCGAGUUCGUCGGAACGAAGGACGACAGGCGAAGAAGGGGGCAGUCCCACCAAAGGAGGCGCUAGGAGCAGGUCCAACUCCGAUGCCGGCAAGCGGAAGGGGAGCGUCUUCAUGGCGUCGAUGAGAAAUGCCAUGAUGCACACCGGCCUUUUGCAUUCAUCUAAGAAAGCGCCAAGAGACGGUUCAGCCCAUCCGGUCCUAGAUGACGACAGUGAUACGCGAUACUAUCACACGGUCACCGCUGCCUCUUCGUCUGCGAACAGAAGUACCAUGACCAAGGUUAUGGAUAUAUUCAGGAAACCGCACACCGCUCCGCACCAAGUUGCUGACGAAGAGAAAAAAGAUGAGAAGAAGGAGGAAAAAAAGGAGGAAAAGAAAGAGAAAAAGAAGGAGAAGAAUCCCCACAUUGUUUACCCGCCUCGCCGCGGCCCGCGGGACGGGUCCGCCCAUCCGGUGCGUGACUCGGGCUCGGACACCCUGUACUACCACACCGUAACCGCCGCCUCCACCAACAAGAGUCCCAUGACCAAGGUGAUGGACAUCUUCCGCCAUCGGUCGCACGGCAGCGUACCGCCUGACGAUAGAAAAAAGAAACAACAACUUGGUGCCCAUUUGCGACAACGAUCUUUGGACCCAGAAAGGAGACGACAAUCAAUAGGUCCUAUACCGAAUAUACACAGGGCGUCAGAUGCUUUCGUGGACCCCCAACAUGCGGCCAUACUCUUCAGGGAUUCUAGGGGGCUUCCUGUGGUGGAUCCUUUCUUAGAAAAUGUCAAUUUAUCAGAUUUGGAAGAGGACGAAUCCCAGAUUUUCGUCAAGUUCUUCAAGUUUCACAAGUGCUACGAUCUCAUUCCCACGUCUGCAAAAUUGGUCGUUUUCGAUACCCAGCUGUUGGUCAAGAAAGCCUUCUUUGCUCUCGUCUACAAUGGUGUCAGAGCUGCCCCACUUUGGGACAGCACCAAACAAGAAUUCGUCGGCAUGUUGACCAUCACCGACUUCAUCAAGAUCCUGCGCAUGUACUACAAAGCGCCCAGCGUCGCCAUGGACGAAUUGGAGGAGCACAAGCUCGACACGUGGCGACGCGUACUCAAGGACAAGAAGCCCCUGAUCAGCAUCAGUCCAGACGCUAGCUUGUACGACGCUAUCAAGACGCUGGUGCGCAACAGGAUCCACAGGUUGCCUGUCAUCGACCCGGAAACGGGCAACGUACUGUAUAUAUUGACGCACAAGAGGAUCCUGAGGUUCCUGUUUUUGUAUGUCAACGAAUUGCCCAAACCUAGCUAUAUGCAAAAAACGAUGGACGAGCUUCGGAUCGGCAGUUACGACAAUAUCGAGACCGCCUCUGAGGAGACGUCGAUAAUAGUGGCUUUAAAGAAAUUCGUAGAGAGGAGAGUGUCUGCCCUCCCUCUAAUCGACCUCGAAGGUCGGCUUGUAGAUAUUUACGCUAAAUUCGAUGUGAUUAAUUUAGCUGCAGAAAAAACGUACAACGAUUUGGAUGUGUCACUAAGGAAAGCCAACGAACACAGAAACGAAUGGUUCGAGGGGGUUCACAAAUGCAAAUUGAGUGAAACGUUGCACGCCAUCUUAGAAAAAAUUGUGAAAGCCGAAGUUCACAGAUUAGUUGUGGUGGACGAGGAGGACAAAGUGAUAGGCAUCAUUUCAUUGUCCGAUUUGCUGAUGUAUCUAGUAUUGAAGCCGUGCGGUGAAGACGAAACAUCAGCCAAUGUACCUGUAGCAGCAGUUCGAGAUGAUAAACCAAUAGAAAAAGCUUAUCCAUCGGAGGAGGCCGCUUCACCAGUCACCAAAGAAUUCGACCGACUAGACGAUGACGUCAUCCUCGAUAUGGCCGCCGAAAAAAGCGGUUUACUAUCUGAAAUGCCCAUUCUGACACCAGUCGCAGCAUCAGAAAGCCAAUGA